UUGAAUGCUCCCCUCUCCCCCCUCCACCCUUUCCGCUUAACCUUACCACAACAAGUAUUUGUUUAUUCUGUUACUCUACUGAUUGUAUUGAAAAUACGCAUUGCUUUUCUCUUUAGCUGUGCAAAAAUUAAAAGCGGAAAGAGUUGAGACGUCAAUACGACUCGCCCGGUUUCUCACCAUCUAUAGCCUCUGUCGUUAAAUUCUAAAAUACAUGAGGAAACCAACUAUAGGAUUAGUCAAGAGCUAAGCUUAACAUUCUUAGCUGCCCUCUGUUGUUCGGCUUAAGUCAAGAUGUCUCUACCAUGUGAUGUAUGCGCAACAGAGUUUGACCUGGACUGUCAUAGGCCUAAGUGCCUGCCCUGUGGGCACUCCAUUUGUAAGAAGUGUAUAGAGAAUCCUGCCUUGGGGAGAAGGUGUCCAAAUUGUAGAAAGGAGCUUGGCACUCACCCUAGCAGCUUACCUGACAAUUUACUUGUUAUACAUCUGAUUAAAAGCAAUGCCAUCCCGCCACACAAGGUGCCCAGAAGGGAGGACGCAAGGAUCCAGCAACUGGAACGGGGUGUGGAAGCGGGGAAGAGGGUGGUUGAGCAGCUUAGCGAUCUGGUGCCUAUUGCUAUGGAAGCCUUGAACAAACUGCUGGACUCGGCGGGGGCCCAACUUCAUCAGAUGGAGGAGGCAUUGGAGAAGUUGAAGCAGGCGGGUGGUAGUGAUGUGCACACCUCUACGGAAUUAGCUGUGAAGCAGCUGGAGACGGUGGUUCAACUGGAGGAGAGCGUACGUCUCCUGUCAGUCAAAAAGUGCAGUUUGAUCGCGGAGGACUGUGAAGUGACCUGGCAGGCAGAUUUGCAGCUGGAACAAAUGGAGUCAGAGUUGGACAAAACUCUGCUCCCUCUGCUGCUGCAGUUGCAGAUGAGUGGCCACUUGGAAAAGGCUGAGCUCACUGCUCCUGAUGAGUCAUCCGCCCCCGCCAAGGAUCAGGAGACAGGAGUAGAUUGGAAGAGUCUCGAAGUCAGCAACUCAAUGUCAGAGUCUGAGCUGAAGCUGAAACUGGAGGUCGCAGAUGUCUACGAGGCGCCGCAGGAUGCGUGGUUCUGCGAGGCCGAUAGCGUGUGGGAGAGAGAAGCCGACUCCGAGGCGCGCGACAUCUCCUCUGGCAGCGGUGGCAGCGAUCUGGCAGCAACCAGGCAGCAGCAACAGCAACAGCAGCAACAACAGCAACAGCGGCAGCAGCCUCUCAGUGAAAAGCGACGCAUGAUGAAGUUCUUCCUCGUGUUCGGCGAUGGCGCACCGCGGAUGGUGAUCGUGCCCGACUCUCGGCGGGCGACGCUCAUCCAGGCCUUCCGGAGGAAGUUCUCGGCCGAGCUGGCCGCCCUGCCCGCCCCGCUGGACGACGACGACAUCGUCAUCAACGAAGAGUACACCCGGCCGACCGACGGGCGCGUCAUGUGGGUGCGGCUCGACGAGGACGACUUCGGCGCCAUCGCGGAGCAGACGCGCCUGGAGUUCAAGCAGAGAGUCGUUCGUACAGCCGAGCCUGCCCGCGGCCGUGGCACUGCCGGGGGUCACGGUCACCCCGCUGCCCAGGACGCCGCCGAGGAGGGCGAGUACGAGGAGGGGCGCCAGGGGGAGCCGAGCGACACCGUCAUGGACCGCUGGAACCGGCGGCGGACAGACGACGACCCCCACGUGCCCUACAUCUACAAGAUCCCGGCGCUGCCGGCCAACGUGAUGGAGGCGCUCUCCUCCCCCUUUGAGCUGUCCAACGCCCACCGGAGCACCAUCGUGCGCAUCGUCGCCUGGGACAUGCUCGAAAAGUACUGCACCGACUACUACCCCACGGCGCGCGAGUACGACCGCGCGGUGACGGGCAUCCUCACCGAGUACCCUCAGCUGUCCGACGUAGUGGCGGCCGAGAGGACGGGCGGCCGUCCGAAUGCGCCUUCUACUUCUACACCGGUCAAAAUAGUGGGAGGCGUUCUGCGGGAGAGGGGAUCUCCCGCCAAAUCGCUCCUCAGUACCGCAUCAGCGCCGUCAGCUAGUCAACCAGUGGUUGUCUAUAUAGAUUUUCUUUCCACGAGCACAGUCGGCCAUCCACACCAUACCAUGCAGCUGCUCUUGGUCGCUGAGCAGAGAGUUCUCCUCCAGAAGGUAACAAGCCAAUAUAAACCCACCCUGCAGCCACUCAAGACGGAGGAUAGGCGAGUCAGCAUCACACCAGGCCUCACCGUCACUCCGCCUCAGCCUGCUUCUCAGCAAUCACAAAAUCAAUACUAUGAUUAUGAGCCAACCUACGCGCAGCAACGCACAGGCCACAAGAAAAAGUCGUCAUCUUUUAAGGGGACCACCACCGUUUUGCUAUCCUUGGUUAGCCAGAACGCCGAGCCAACCCUAGUCCACUUCAAGUUGGUCGUGAGUGACCGUUGGAAUUGCCAAAUCGAUAACCUUAUACCUCCCCAAACUCAGGAGGUAGAAGCACGUGAAGUCCUGAAGCCAGGAUCAACUACUGUGGCAUCUGUGUUGCAGCUGCAAUUCGACCAUCCCUUCGAGGAGGUCGUCAUCCUCUUCAGGGUGUACGACAUCGUCGACGGCCGCCCUGCGUCGGGGGUCAUCCAACGCCUCAACAAGGCCCGCCUGGAGGGCAGCAGCUCCUGCGACGUGAAGCUGGUGGUGGACGGCGUGGAGCUGGACGCGCACCGCGCCGUGCUGGCCGAGCGCAGCCCCGUGCUCAACAGGAUAAUCUGA